ACUUGUAUUCACGACACCAUAACCGCAGUUAGAAUAAAGGCUACAAAGUUGGAAUAGACGAUAAUUUAUUUUCUUAUUUGAAAUGAAUAAUAAUGCUUAAUUAUAAAACAAAACACUCGAGUCUUAUUGAAUUGCCGUAUAGUUUGUAUUAAAUCGGCAAUCAAAUCAUUUUGCGAUGAUUUCGUGCAAGAAAUCUGUUUGACAUUGGGGAUACGGUUCAUUUUUACAGAGUUAUAAAACUGAAGUAGUCCAGACCAAUAUAUUAGUCGAGAGAGUGUACUGGGAAAAAAUGAUUUCGGUUGUCCCAUUGAUGAUCUUUCUUUCACUCUCGAAGUUCUCCGCAGGAGAGGUAACGGAAAAAAGCAAAUACACGACGAAAUACGACAACAUCGAUAUAAACGAGAUAAUUCACAACGAACGACUUUUAAAACGAUACGUUUAUUGUUUGCUGGAAACAGGCAGUUGUACUCCAGACGGCCUGGAGUUAAAAAAAAAUAUGCCCGACGCGAUAGCCACAAACUGCAGCAAGUGCAGCGAGAAACAAAAGGAAGGUUCCGAAACCAUAAUACGGUACCUGAUCGAUAACAAACCCGAAUAUUGGAGCCAGUUGCAAGACAAGUACGACCCGUCCGGCAGCUACAAGAAGCGAUAUUUAGAAUCUAAAAAGGCCGAAGUUAUCGUUGAACCGAUCGGCUGAGUCCUGUCCUGGAAAUUGUUUAAAUUACUAGCUGUAGGUUUUAUUUAUAAAAUAUGUGUUUUCUCACAUUGACCGAGAAACUGCUAGAAAGAGACGGUGUAAUGUAAUAAUAUUGCGAUUCAGAAAGGAAAA